GUUCCAUGCGAGACCUGCGUAAAACGUGGUUGCGCCGCAAUAUGUCCCAGUGGAUCGUUGACAGCGGGGAAGGGCAAUCGCCUUGUUCUCGCAAACACAGAGGAAUUGCACAACAAGAUUGAAGUCAUGUCAGCGCGGAUGCGUGAACUAGAGGAAGCACUCCGCCAAAUGCACUCUGAAGCGUCUGAUCUACCGCACCCACUGCUGUCAGACUCUAUCACAGUCAUUUCCCAUGAUAGUCCAGAAUGCAACUCAAGCAGUAACUCUCCAGAACAGCACCCUCCACCUUUGAACACGGCAGAUCCUGAUUCUGUCAUCGAUGCUUUUGGCACGCUCACAAUUGGCACUCGCGGAGAAACUAUUUUCAUGAGCGGAACUGCUCGUUCAGAACCACCUCUGAAACAUCAACCAAAGCCUCCAUUCUCUGAAACAUUUCCGCGACUUCCAAAACAGAUACUUGAUGCUUGGUUGCCCGGUUCUGAUAGUAUUCCGUUUGAUAAUGGCCUUUGGAAACCUGUUUAUUCUUAUCUGCCUCCAUUAUCAGAGGCGGUCCGUCUUAGCGAGAUCUACCUUGAAUGGGGUAAAGUCUUUUGGAAUCCUCUGACACGAUCAGAUCUUUUCGAUAAUGUCCUUGGAAGUGUUUAUCGUGCAAACAAGUCAUACGUGUUCAUGGGCUUGGCUGUAAAGCUCGGCUACAGGGUUCAUCUCUCUAGUGCCAGAUGGAAGCUCAGCGACGUUGUUGUUCAAAAACGCAGUUCUGCCUUUUGGCAGAUGUUUAUGAUGGACACAUGGAUCAGCUUCUAUGCCGGUCGCCCACCGAACGUCUCUCCCGACUGGAUCGACACUCCGUACCCCAACGAUGACUUCGCAGUGGUCAACGACAAAGGUCAAAAGGAGAUGAGCGGCAUGUGGCACAUGUGGUCAUGGCAAUUUUCGCGGCUUCUGCAUCACGUCAUGGUCAAUGCGUUUGGAGCCAAAACACCCACCUACAGUACCAUCCUCGAACUCGAUCGCAAAAUCCGCGAUUUCCCUAUCCCGCCUCAUCUCCAGCCCCGCUGUGAUGGAAACGAAACUCUCACAGAAAGCGCUAUCCUCGUGCUCGUCCAAAGGCAUUUUCUUCUCACGAAUAAGGAAACUACGUUAUUGAAUAUCCAUCGACGAUACUUUACACAAGCUUUGGAGGACCAACCGAAUGACCUGCUAAAACAUAAGUACGGUCCCUCAGUCAUGGCGAUGUAUCGAUCUGCGUGGCGAGUGAUAGAAAGUCACUCGCAUGCGGUCAGGAGGAUUCCGAACGCAAUUGAGCGAUUGAGUCUUUUCUGGUCACAUGCUUUGUCUGCUGCAAUCGUCAUGUGCAUGCUCGUCAACCGUGCGCCUCACUCAAACAUAGCGUCUUCUUCAUUACGCGAGCUGGAUGUCGUCUACGAAGUGUUCCAGAAGUCAGCACCAACCUCAAAGCCUGCUGCUGUGCUCCUCGACUCAAUCACAAAAGUCUGGAAGAAAGGCCACGACGCUGUUGAUCACCCACAUUAUGACGAUCAGUCGAGCUUAUCUCGCGCCGAGCUCAAUCGUCUCGGCGGCGGCAAAACCCAUCUGAUAUCGCAAGCGAGCUCCCCUUCCCUUCCAUCCACCGCUUCCUCUCCGUCUGUCCACUCAUCACCGUCAGAAGCCGAGUCAUGCGGCUCGUCCCAGCCGGGCAGCCAACACACAUGGGACGGGCAAAGUGCUGCGUUUGACAUCCACCCGCGCAUCAUGCAGGACAUGCGCGUCUUCGACAAAUUCGACCAAUCCCCGUUCACUGCGAGCGGGUCUGUUGACUCGUCAGAGUCUUUCUUCCAGGCGAUGAGUGAUGUGCAGUUCAACGGGUCGAGUGUGUACGGGGCGGAGGUUUACACUGGUCAGCCGCAGGUGCUGAAUACGUUUCAUCCGGCGCAGCCGUAUGGAGCGCCGAAUGGGAUACAGGAGGCGCCCGUGCUGGAUGUGGCGUGGCAGAGCUUUGUGGAGCAGCUCGGGUUUUGA